AUGAAUCGCUGUGAUGGAGACAACAACACGAAUUGGCAACCGCCGCGCUACAAUUUGAGGCCUCGUCGGGCCCCGUUUCAGGCCUAUAACUCGACGGGCCUAACUAGGCCACGUGGGUCCAAUUAUCAUCAUAAGACCAAUGUUUAUGCGAGAGGAGAUGAGCAGGUGAGUACGAUGGAUAAAUUUGCAGUUCGGGGUUACUGUACAUUUCGAACUGCAAAACCUACUCGUUUUGCAGUUCUACAGUACCCCUUUGAACUGCGAGCCAUGAUUCUUGAAAACUACAGUAUACAUAGCUACAGUACCCCCUCUCAGAAAUCUUCUGUUCCAGAACAUUCCACCUCUGCAAACACCAAUUCCACGACCACGUUUCACUCAACCUCUUCAAACUACAGUAGCCCAGCCUACAGUACCCCAAACAACAGUACCACCAGUCAAUCAUUUCGUAAGUUUUUGAUCUACAGUACCCCCUACAGUACCCCUAAUUUCUGCAGAACUCUGUGAUCGCCGGUUUGUUGCUCAAAAAAGGCAUUGACAUUUCGGAGGGCUCGAAAAUCGGCUCGGGAAGAUAUAGCAAAGUGAUCACUGCGAAAUUGACCAACUCCAAUCAUACGGUAUGUUCCUUUAAGCGGAGUACUGUAUGCAACUUUUAAUAUCUUCAGAUCGCCAUCAAAAUUAUCGACAAAUCGCAAGUGGCCGACGAUUUUCGCACCAAAUUUUUGCCGAGAGAAGUGGGUUUGCGGCACGGUUUUGUGGGCGGAGUCAAAAGCCAUCGAAUGACACCAGAAAAAUAAGCCCCGCCCACAAAACCAUGCCGCAAGAUAUAGGCUUGUUUGGUGUCAUACGAAAGCUUUCAAUCUUCUCUAGAAUAUAAGCCACGCCCCUUUCUGCAAUUUCGCCGCACACUUUUUUUGCAGCUCGAAAUUUGGCAACAACUCAAACACGAGAAUCUCGUCCAACUCUACGCCAUCUACACUUAUGAAUCGCGUGUGUUGAUUGUCAACGAAUUUGGGAAAAUGGGAAAUUUGGUAGGCAUACAGUACUCCUCCACCUACAGUACCCACUUUGCAGCUCACUCACGUUUUGUGCAAUGGUGCCACUCCCGAGCCGAUUGGCGUCAAAUGGGCCGAGCAGAUUUUGUGCGGUGUCAAGUAUUUGCAUGAGGUAUAAUACAGUAUCCUUUUGAUCUACAGUACAGUACCUCUUUUUCAGAAAAACAUUGCACACCGUGAUAUCAAAUUGGAGAAUGUCAUCAUUUUUGAUGAUGGAAGUGUGAAGAUUGGUGAUUUUGGAUUUUCGAGAAUGGUGAGGAAAGGGGCGUGGCCUAAUUUUUUCUUGCAAUUUUGCGGCGCGCUUUUUGUUGCUCUUGAUCUACUCUCCAAAAUGAUACCAAAUAAGCCACGCCCACAAAAAUAGUUCCCAUAUUUCAUAGUCAUUUUCAAGCCCCUCCUCCUAUAAGCCCAGCCCACAAAACCAUGCUCCGCAACUUGCAGCUCGAACCCCAAGAGCUCUCGGAAACCUACUGUGGCUCCAAAUCGUACAUUGCUCCCGAAGUGUUGUCAGGCCGCCCAUAUAAUCCACUAAAAUCGGAUGUUUGGAGUGUCGGCGCCGUGUUUUUUGUGAUGAUGACAAAUCGGAUGCCAUUUAGCGAAAAUCAAUCGAAUCAAUCGUUGAUGGAAGCGCAAAGGUGGGCUUUUUGGCUGGAAAAUUUUGAAUUUUGGUGAUUUUCAGACGGUAUUUUGGUCUAGAACUUGAAAAUUUCAGACUCAAGCUUAGCCUAACUUUCUUCUUAAGCUUAAGCUCAAAAUUAUCAGUUUUCCCCAAACUUUAACUCAAAAUUAUCGAUUUUUUAUUUAAUUUUCAAAUUUUCAGACAAAGAACCUACAAUUAUCCACCACAAUUGACAAUUUCCAACGAAUGCAAAUCAACCAUCGAUUCUUUGAUGACAUUUGAUCCAUUUCGACGUCCAACAAUUCAAAAAGCAUUUUCACUUCCUUGGAUUCGAGCAUUUUUGUUGAGCCAAAAAGCAUAA